GCGUGGCCAAUAAUUUCCACCAAUAUCACAACCUCAAACCCAUAAUACUCUUAUCAACUUAUCAUCACACACAACAACCAUGGCUUCCACGGCAAAUUUAAGCCAAAUUUUGGGCACUAUUCCAGUCAUAUCAAAACUUUCUGGUGACGGCAAGCCCCGUACAGAGGCAGCUGCCUCUCGUUUGGUCGGAAACAAGGUGGAAGAAGGUCAAAACAACAUUUUAAAACCAACAAGAAGACUAGCAUUAGGCCUUGGAACUAUUGGAAUUUUUGCCAAUUCUAAUGUAGCAGUGUCUCUAGCUGAUGAUAAUGGUUUUUGGCUGAAUGGACCUAUACCGAUACCCCGGGCUGUCAAUAUGAUUGAUAAUGUGGAGACGGGUACAAGGUCUUUCUUGAAGACGGGUGUGUAUAUAGCCGAUAUAGGGACUAAAGGAAGGCAAUUUCGGCUUAAGAAGUAUGCAUUUGACCUUCUGGCUCUGGGAGACUUGAUCGGGAAAGACGCGUGGAAUUAUGUUAAAAAGUAUCUUCGCCUCAAGUCAACGUUCAUGUACUUUGACUUUGAUAAAGUGAUCUCAGCUGCCACACCAGAUGAUAAGCCACCGCUUCUUGAUCUUGCAAAUAGAUUGUUCGAUACCGUCGAAAAGCUAGAAGAUGCGGUCAAAAAACAAGACCUUCCACAGACAGAGUUACUGUACCAUGACACAAGUGUUAUUCUUCAAGAAGUUAUGACUAAAAUGGCAUAAAUCGUGUCUUCCCUUGAAAAUGUAUCAUUUAUGUACCAUGAUUCUGAAGUAUCUCCAAUCAACUUGUGUCUCAAAACAUUCAUCAAAUGCCUCAUAAGGCCCGUUUUUUAGGCAACUUAAACACAUAGAACAUUGCUGUAUAAAUUCCUAGAGAUUUGCUAUAUUACAAAUUUCUAUUGUUUUACCUUGAAAAA